CUUCACAAUACUGAUCGACACGUGGUCAGAUACUAUAAAGACAACCGUUGGUUUCCUGUCGUUAAGGCCGUUAAACUCCAGAAAGUGACACGACGCGCUCAGGUGAGCUUCUCUACGUCCUGUGACGUCAUGGAUCACCGUGAGGAGGAGAAGCAGUCACCUGAUCAGACCAUCCUGUCCACCGGAAGCCCGGAUCGGGUGGAGGAGCCAACCCAGGGUCAAGAGGUCGAUAGUGGAGAUGAGUGGGACACUGAUCUGGAGACAGACAUUGGCACCCAUCAGAAACAGUGUUGGUCCGGUGCGGAGCUGUACCUGCAGGCCUGCCAGUCUACGGGCUGCGUCCCCGUGUCCUCCUUCCUCCGUCACCUGGGUGGAGCCGAUCUCGACCUGAGCCACUAUGGGGUGGGACCUCUGGGAGCCAAAGCUCUGGCCGUAGUUCUGCAAAACGACCUGACCAUUACCGACCUGGAGCUGGAGGACAACGCACUUCAGGCUGAGGGGACGCGCCAUCUGAUGGAAAUGCUUCAGAUAAACAUGAGCAUCCAGAGUCUCAACCUUUCCGACAACCAGCUGCACCUCAAAGGAGCCGACUUCGUCUCCAAAAUCAUAUCAGGCAACUUCUACAUCAGAUCCAUCAAGGUCUCAGGAAAUGGUUUUGAUGAUUCUGCAGCUGAAUACCUUGCCGAUGCUUUGGAGGGAAACUAUAUCAUCAAAGAGCUGGACCUCAGUCACAACAUGAUCGGUGAUACAGGAGGACAACACCUGGGUCACAUGUUAGCCACAAACACAGGUCUAGAAGUCCUAAAUUUGAGCUGGAACCAUCUUUGCAUGGGCAGCGCGGCGGCUUUGAGUGACGGACUGAAGGCGAACUCCACCCUGAAGCAGCUCCUGCUGUCGCGCAACGGUUUCGGCCACAUCGAGGCGAAGUCUCUGGGUCAAGCGCUGAAACUAAACAGCACGCUGGUGCUGCUGGACCUCAGCAGGAACCUCAUAGACAACGAGGCUGCGGCCCUCCUCUGCCAGGGCCUGGCCACCAACGAGGCCCUCAGGGUGCUCAAGCUCUCCCAUAACCCCCUGACAAAUAUUGGAGCUCUGUCGCUGCUCAAAACGGUUACACAAAACACAAAUUCAGCCGUGGAGGAGAUGGAUAUUUCUACAGUUUUUGUUUGUGAGACCUUUGUGGAGCUGUUGGAUAAAGCCCGUCAGAGGCGUCCUGGUCUGGCUGUUCGGCACAGCGUCAUGAGCUCCGUUACCAGGAACAUAUCGGCCCUCCGUGUGUUUCAGAAAUUCCUCAAAGAGCGAAAUGAGAGCAUCGUGGACUUCUUCCAAGCUUUGGAUGAAGAAGGAACCAUGAAAGUCCCCACCGCUGCCUUCAGGAAGGCUGUAAAGGAAGCGAACGCACCUCUGGAUCAGCGGCAGCUCGAGUGGUUGAUCAAGAAGUUCGAUGAGAACUGCAAAUUCAGCAUCAUCUACAGUCAGUUUGCGGAGCUGUCUUAGAUGCAGAGGCGGGUCCUUAGAUCAACCCAAUUCUGUCCGGCAUGAAUACUUGAACCUCUGACACCAACCAGCUGCACCCACCUGAGCACCGCCAGCUGUGUCUGCGGAUGGGCCGCAGGGUCCUCUGCCUCAUUCUCUCCAUCCAAAAAUAAUCUUCUGGUAUGACAACAGAACAGAGGGGGAAGAAAAAGAGAGCUGGCAUCCAUAUCAAAGGAGCGAGAGGAGAACAAGAAUAGGGCCAGAUGCAAUCUAGUUGUUUUCGCCACACUGGAUAGCUUUGAAUGAAACGGCCUGUAAAGGAAACGGCCCCGUUAUGAAUAUGCAUUACUUAAGCAGGCCCUGCAGAGUGGGUUUAUUAAGGGGGAAUUGUCUCAAGGUGUCAUAUCCCACAGUGCAAUUUGUUUCCGUCUGGUGGCUCCAGUGGUAACGCACCGCCUCACCCGCACCCCUUUGUUGAAUCCUGUGUAAACGGCUUGACACCUAAUGUUGUGGGUCACGAGGACGCGGGACAACUAACACCCCGUUUCAAUUAUAUAGGAUUAGAUAUGAGAGGGAUUUUGUGAAGACGUGUCUGUUUGUGUUAAACAACCGCUUAACCUGAUGCGAG